UGUUAGUCUUGUUUUCUGAUUCUUCUGUCUUAAUCACCCAAGAUACUGCAUGGCAGGCGGGGUUACCAAGGAUGGUUUCAAAAGGCAUCUUGAAGAGAUGGUGCUAAGUUUUACAUUAACUUCCUGCUUCCUUAUUUUUAAGUAAAACAGAUUAGUCUUAGUUUUCACGCAGUAGUAAGAUCCCAAAAUAAGUAGAGCUGAGCUUUAAACUGACAGGUAUUAGCGGAAAUAAUUAGGAAACGUGGUAAACAUUACUGUGAGAGGCUCGGCUCACAGGCUAACACCGGGUGCUGAGAUCGCAGGACUGAAAUAGCCUGACCCACUGUGGGGGUCCCUGUGCUCAAGCCUGUUUCUUCACAACUUCAUCAGCAAGCAGUUGGACUGAACACAGGCACUGUACAAAUCACCUUUUAUGCGAUCCCGGAAGUUGUUCGCGCUGACUUAUGGGAAAUGUGGUUCCAAACACGAUGACAACACAAGACGGGUCUUGGAUACUUCCGCGUUCAGUCUUGAAACUUAGCUUCUUCCCAAAGUUAGGCGAGUGUCCUGUUCAGCUCUGGGCUUGGAUCCCUGACAUGGAGGUGUCAGCCUUCUCAGUCAUUCUAGAAAAGAACAUCUGUUGGGUCAGCCGGCCUCAACUUUGACAAACAGUGUGAUGAAGGAGAGAAUGCUAGAAAGAAAGGAUAUACUGUCGUUCUGGGAUGUGGCCAUUUAUUUCUCUGCAGAGGAGUGGGAAUGUCUGGGUCCUGCUCAGUGGAAUUUGUACAGGGAUGUGAUAUUGGAGAUUUACAACAAUCUUGUGUUUGUGGGUCUUGCUUCAUCAAAGCCAUACCUGGUGACAUUUCUGGAGCAAAAACAAGAGCCUUCAGAUGGGAAAACACAAACAGCUGCCGCCACGCAGCCAGGCAACGGACAGGAUACAGUCAAAGAAUGUGGUAAAACCCUUCACUGGAGCUCACAGCUUACUAACCACCAGAGGAUACAUUUAGGAAUGAAGCCCUAUACGUGUGAAGAAUGUGGCAAGUCUUUUUGUUUCCCAUCAUUACUUUCUAUACACAAGAGAAUUCACACAGGAGAGAAACCCUACAAGUGUGAAGUAUGUGGCAAAGCCUUUCAUUCCCCGUCAUUAUUUUCCGUGCACAAGAGGAUCCAUACAGGAGAGAAACGCUACAAGUGUGAAGUGUGUGGCAAGGCCUUUCAUUGUCCAUCAUUACUUUCUGUACACAAGAACAUUCAUACUGGAGAGAAACCCUACCAGUGUGACGUAUGUGGCAAGGCCUUCCAUGCUCCAUCAGUACUUUCUAGACACAAGAGAAUCCAUACAGGGGGAAAACCCUAUAAGUGUGAAGUAUGUGACAAGGCCUUCCAUUGUCCAUCAGUACUUUCUGACCACAAGAACAUUCACACAGGAGAGAAACCUUACAAGUGUGAAGUAUGUGGCAAGGCCUUCCAUGCUUCACCAUUACUUUCUGCACACAAGAGAAUUCAUACAGGAGAAAAACCUUACAAGUGUGAACUGUGUGGCAAGGCCUUCCAUACCCCAUCAUUGCGUUCUGUACAUAAGAGAAUUCAUACAGGGAAGAAACCCUACAAGUGUGAGGUAUGUGGUGAGGUAUUUAGCACCUCCUGGCAAAUAUCCAGUCACUUGGUACUGCAUUCUGGAAAGAAGCCAUACAGAUGUGAGGAAUGUGGAAAAGCCUUCUCUACAAAGUCAUACUUAACUAUGCACAAAUUACUUCACAAUAUGGAGAUACUUUAUAGAUGUGAAGAAUGUGGCAAACAGCUCAACAGUUCUCAAAGUCUUCAAGAACAUCAAAGGAUUCAUUCUGGAGAGAAACCCUACAAGUGUAAAGAAUGUGGCAAAGACUUUAGAACAUACACAGCACGUUCUAGACAUCGGACCGUUCAUAUCGGAGAGAAAUGUUACAAGUGUGAAGAAUGUGGCAAAACCUUUUACCAGUCUUCUGGUCUAAAGCAACACCAAAGAAAUCAUCUGUGAGAGAAAGCACACUGGUAUGAAGAAUGUGCCAAGGACUUUGAGACUACAACUAUUUGUUGAAAUGGCAGGCUAUAUAAGAAUAUGGUUUUGAAAUUUUGGUGAAAAAUUCCAAUACGUUAACUUAAUGGUUUAUCUUUGGUUAUUAACCUUAUAGUAAAUUGUCUACGUGCUUAUUUUAUGUAUUAAUGUAGUAACUUUUAUAAUGUGAAAUCUGUUAAACCAGGAGCUUGCAAUAUCCUGCUCUCCUAUAACGUCUUCUUUGGGUAAUUUAUUUUUUAUUUAUUUUAUUUUUGCAUAUGGAAGUCUUUUACGUCUUCUGUUAGGGUUGUUCCUGUAUUGGUGGGGCUAUUGUAAAUGAACAAGUUGUUUCCCUGGUGACCUUCUCAGCCUAUCAGUUGUUGGUGUAUGUAGAGUCUAAUGAUUUCAAUAAACUGAUUCUUCUGAACUGCUGUUUUACUGAAAGGGGUACCUGUGAGAUUCAUGACUUUUUGCUGGAGAGUGUGUGACCUUUAAAUCAAUGGGUCAUGGCAUUUUCAAACAGGGAUAAUUUAGUUUCCUUGUUUCCAAUGUUUGCCCUUUUGCUAUUUUCUGUUGUCUUAUUUCUUCACUGAAGUAUUUUUGAGUCAAUUCUUGCAUGACAGUAUAGAUAUGGAAGUCUUACCUCAUGCCACAUUUUAGAGAACAUGUUUUUG